AGGACAUUUUAUAUGGCUGUAGUGACAUAAAAUUCUGAAUAGCAGGCUGAAUGAAGCAGCUGGAGAAGUGGUAGUAUCCAUGGUAACGAUGGGCCUAUGAGGUGACUGAGGAGUCUGGUGAUGGGAGGGGCUUAGGCCUUAUAAGGAGAGGACUGAUUAGGUUCUCCCUCCUUUUUCCUCAGUGAAAAUUGAACAGUGAAGUGCUCUGCAUUUGUUUUGUACUAACUGUGUAUUAUUUGUGAUUUUGUGGUGUUUUUCUUCUCAUUUCCUUUCCAUCUUUACUAAUCUUUAAGCUUUUCAUCCUCCUUUUAUUCUUGAACUUUCUCUUAUUUAUCUUUCCUAUCUUUUAACAUGCCGAGGCCCAGUCGUACUGUGCGGCCCCCUGUUCGUUUUAUCGACAGCGGGGUAAGGGAUGCUGCUGGCUUAGGGUCAGGUAGUGGACAGCAGCGGUCAUUACAGACAAGAAGUCAGGCUGGGAAUAAUGUUCGUAAUGCCGCCACCAGGGGUCGGGCUCGACAGCCUGAGAGAAUUUUGGCGGGCGAAGGUGCGUCACGCAGAGGCCGGGUCAGUAGCGCGUUGGUGACACGAGCUGCUGUUGUGAGUGACAAUUCUAGAAACUUCUCAAAGGAACCGGUUUCCGUGAAUAACAUGUCGCGAAGUGUGGGGGCUAUGACGGAGUCGCCGAGCGGGGUGUUAAGGAGAAUUUUAGCAUCCCGAGGUGUUACCUCAGGAGUUCAUGUGCCGGAGGUACGCCGCGGUCGCCCCGUGGGCCCGCGGGGGUCCGUGGCUGCCAGAGGUGGUCGAAGAAGUUCGAUUCUUACUAGAGGUGAGCACAUUGGGAGAUGUACAAGAUUACAAGAGUCGGUGCAAGGAGAGGGGGCACCCAACAGUGGUAUUACAAUGGGUUCGGUUAGUAAUAUAAACAACAGCGCUGACACGAUUGUAGCGGGACAGGGCGCGAGGACAUUGGGUAUUAGUAAUGCUGGAAGACAGCUUGUAAGGCCCGCCGCGUGUAAUAUUAGGAGUAAAAGAGGAACUGGGGAGCUACGUGGUAUGAGGGGCACAGUACCGGGGAGAUCUGAUGCUGAUGCGGUAUGCUUUGGAGGUAAUGGAGCUGGAUUCAAUCCGUCUGAGGUAGCGUCUAUAUGCACCUCGGUCAUAUCAGCGCUGGUCCCGGUGCUGAAUGCCAAUAACGCUGAAAGGAAUUUUUUGUGGGGGCAGAAUUCUGCUGAUUUGCGGAGGGAUGGCGUUGAUGAAUCAGGGGCGGCUGUUUUACAGGCCAGAUCGGGUGGAGGUAAUAGGGGCAAUAGGAAUGUUAAUGAAUUUUUGGUAGAUGUUUCUCCUUGCUUUUCUACAGAGGAGUCCCUUGCAGCCCCUGAGGUGCAGGACGAUUCUGGGGAAUCAGCUGCGGUGGUAGAGUCUGCCCUGGACGAGGGUGGUCGUUAUGGUUAUACGCCCGGAUUGGAGGGCUUAGCUUUUCGAGCCCUGGCUCCCUCCACUCUUCGAGGGUACAAAAAUGCCAUGGGAGAGUGGGAAAGAUAUGUGCGCCUGCAUCAAGAUCAAGGUAAGACCGAUUACGCAAUGUUAUUGGAUUAUGUGUGGGAAUGUUUUAGAGCAGGCAGACCAAGAGGGUUCGUAACACGUUUACUGUCUGCUCUUUCUUAUUUCUUGAGACUUUAUGGCCGGCAUGAUUUUACAAAAUCUUUCUUUCUAGCAAAGAUUCUUAAAGGUUGGGCUCGAGUUAUGCCCCCUGUACAAGAUGCACGUAGACCAAUAACUAUUUCAAUAUUGCGGCGCAUGGCGGUCGUGUUGCAGGAUGUCUGUGCAUCUGAUUACGAAACACUUUUAUUUACAUUGUGUUUCGUCAUGGCCUUUUUUGGGGCCUUUAGAGUCAGUGAACUGGUGGCUGCUUCGAAAUCAGCAAGGUCACCUAUUCUUCGUGAACACGUGUCAUUGGAAGAGGGAGGCUUAUGGUGCAAAGUACAACGUUCCAAAACGGACCAAUUGGGCAAAGGUUGUUGGGUUGUUUUGAAUUGUGUUGAUGACAUAGAGAUUUGUCCUGUGUCUUUGGCGAGGAUUUAUUUGAAGACAAGGUCUGAUGUGCCAGGUCCAUGGUUGCAGCAUUUGGAUGGUAUGCCGGUGACUCAAUUUCAAUUUAGAUGGGUGAUGGAACGUUGUAUUUGCACGAUGGGUUUGCCGGUAUCGAGAUAUGGUACCCAUUCGUUUCGAAUAGGUGCGGCGACAACAGCAGCUGCGGAAGGCUGUUCGAGCGGGCAAAUUAGAGCCUUGGGAAGGUGGAAGUCUGAUGUAUUUCGGAAAUAUAUCAGGUUUUGACCUGUUAAUAAAAAAAUAAAAAAUAAAUCAGACUUGAGGUUUCAGCCACUCGCCAUAUUUGGGGGUCUUGAGGAAUUUUUUAUCCUGUCAGGUGCCUUAAGCCUGGGGGUUCAAACCCGCCUGGCAGGUGUGUUUUUCGCCUCUCGUCAAGUCUGAUCCCCCCCCCUUAUCUAACUCCCUUUGUAAAAGGAGAACAAUUCUCUUCAAAAAUUAUCACAUUAGAGGCCAAAUUAAAAUAUGUAAUAAAUAAAUGUUAAACCAUUUUAGCAAGAUUUUAAAGGGAUGUUUUUGGGUUAAUGUUGUUGCAAGAUUUUUGUUUUAGGGGUUUUUUGUUCAAUAAGUUUUGUGAAUGCUUUUGUAUUUUCAGAUUUGCGCUUGGAUGAGUGUCCGAUUUGGAUCAUGGGGCACUCAUACAUUUAUUAUGGUGAAAGGUCUGGUGUUGAGUGCCUUCAGUCCCCGGAAGCUAAUCUGGUCAGAUGGAUUGGAGUGAGGGGACUUCGGUGGGAGCAAGUCAUCCCGCUUUUUUGGCAGCAAGUGGAGAGGUCGGGAUACCCCCUGAGGGUGGUGUUCCAUGUUGCUGGAAAUGAUCUGACCAGGAGGUCUGGUUUAGAUCUUCGGAAAACCAUAGUUAGGGAUGUAGUUAGUCUACAGAACAGGUUGUGUUUUUUGAGUGUAGGUUGGUCGGAGAUAAUCCCUCGUUUAGUGUGGAGGGGUGCAGACAGACCCGCUGCCAUUGAGUUGAUCCGGCGCCGGAUCAAUUCUGUGGUUGGCAGAGCUGUUAGCGAAAAUUGGGGGUUUGUGGUCCCACAUCCCUCAAUUUCAGUUUCUGCUCCUCAUCUUUAUAUGGCCGAUGGUGUCCAUCUGAAUUUGAGGGGUAUUGAAAUUUUUAUGGGUGAUUUGUGGUUAGCAAUUUUUUCUCAGGAGUUUUAUUGAUAGGUUGAAGGGUUUUAGGAGUAGUUAGGGUUAGUUGGUAAGGUAGAGGUAUGGUGGCGGGGUUUCGUUGAAACUGUGGCGGGUUGGGACGGCCUUAAAUUGUGGCUGUAAUUUAAAGAGUUUUAUAGGUGCUCAGGAGAUGUGAAGGUGGUGGAGUUUGAUACAUUACGGGGCCGGAGUUCCAUCGGACCAGGUGGGCUUUGGUCUCCGGUGGAGUUUGUACACACCUGAGCACCUUUGGGUGGAAGUUGGGGAAUACCUUGAGUGGAGAGUUGGCCACGGUAUUCCCGAUAAGGAGAAAGAACACAAGGGGUGGCAAAUGGCCCAUG